CUAAUGUGUAACUUCUUCACCUUGUAAAGUCACAUAAUAACGAAUGUUAUCAAUUAUCAUCCCGAUUCCCGAUAGCUGUUGAAUACACAUAGUGUAGUAAUGAAUUAAUCCAUCACUGAUUGUGAGUGAGAUCAGAUUAUAAAAGUUAACAUUUUGGCAGACAGCUGAUUUUCAUCAAUCCAAUUUAACAACAGAAUGGGUAAUCAGUUAUACCUGUCGAGAUUUGUAACAGUUGGAAUAUAACAGAAAUGUAAUCAAAACUGGAUCAAUCUUUUUGAUGUUGACAAAGAUGACCAGAUAACAAUGGAAGAAUUUUGCCGAGCAUUAGGCUUAGAUCAAUCAGAAAUGUAUACAGAAAAAGUUCAACGUAGCAAAGUCAAUGUUGCUAACACACCAAAAGUUUCAGCUGACUUUGAAAUAAUUCUGUCAAAAAUGUCACCACAAGCUGAAUAUGAUAUUACUGAACGUGUUCGUGAACUUGUAGGUGACAUAAAAGCAUUGAAAGAGUCGGAAAUCACUGGAUUAUCAGAUAAAAUUAAAAAAUACUUAGAUGAAACCUACGGUCGUGUAUGGCAAGUACUCAUAAUACGUGGAUCAUAUUGGAUGAAUUUUUCACAUGAACCAUUUAAAUCAUUUCAAUUCAAAUAUGGACAAUAUAUUUUUUUAUUAUGGAGAACACCAUGCGGUUAAAAUAUAUUUCAACAUUGUUAUCAAUACAGUAAAACAAAUAAUGGCACAAAAAUAAAAUUGAGAAAAAAAUUGAACUUAGCGGUUUAUGUUAUUUAGUUAUUUACUAUGUUCAACAAUUAUGAUGUUUGUUAUUUUGAAUUAUGUAAUCUUGUAUCACAAAGAAAUAUAUAUAUAUUUUUAAUUUAAUAGAAAGAA